UGAUCAUUAUCAGGCCAGCCCGGGUGGCUGUUCGGCCUGGGUGCUGUCGUUGCAGUGCGAACAGCCACUCGGUCGUUGUGACGGAAAACGGGCUAAUGUUGUAGAAAACUAACGCGAGCUAAUUAGCAUUCGGUGGCUAACGGUGCCAGCAGCAGCAGCAGCGGCGGCGGCGGCGGCGGCGGCGGCGGCGUGUUAAAGACCCUCCACAGCUCUCUGCUUCCAGUCACAGGCUCUAACAAGACAACCCGACAUGAUCACAACUUAAAGCCGCGAUACGACCACCGAUAACGGACGUUUUAUUACACUUUUCCAGCCUGGUUAUACCUGCAUUGUGCGGGCAUCUGCAAAACAUACCAGGCGUUUAUUAUUCAGCAGCUCAGCCAGGGCGGCUGCCUCUCAACGACAGUGGGGGCUCUCCCAUGACCCCCCCCUCCAUCCGAUGAACCCCCUCAACUACAUGAAACCCUCCCUGCCUCCCACGCCACAAAGCAGUGACGGCCCCUUCCUAAAUGACCCAGUCUCCUGGCAACCAGGCACCAAUCAGCACCCAGGAUCUCUCUCUGUAGUAACCACAGUGUGGGGUGUGACCAAUCCCACACACAGCCAGGUGUUCGCCACAGCCAUGGGUCCCGGUGAGAGCUCUGGUGGUCACAUGAUGCCCGGGGGCAGUCCCGGGAUGGGUCCCGGUAUGGGCUCUCAGUUCAUGGGGCAGCAGUCGUACGGGGAUGCCGUCUCUAAAGGGUACGGACAGCCCGUGAUGUACGGACGUCCCGGUGCUGGGUAUAACCCCGCCUCAGCGUACGGGGGAAGUUACCCUGGUAACAGCGGAGGUGCCGGUCUGGGCGUCCGUCCUCCCUCAGACUUCACGCAGGCUGCUGCCGCCGCCGUUGCCGCCGCCGCAGCCACUGCAACCGCCACAGCCACGGCGACUGUCGCAGCGAUCCAGGAGAAACAGAACCAGGAGCUGAGCUAUGGACAGAUGGGCGGAGCCUCCUCUUACAGCACCCAGUUCCUGUCUCACUCUGGGCCUCGGGGCCCCCCAGGGAUGGUCUCCUCCAGGACCGGACCCCCGCCCUCCAGCGGGGGGAUGUAUCCCUCCCACCCUGCUCAGGGUCAGAAGAUGCCCCAGCAUGGAGGAGGGUACCCCGGAGGGCAUCAAGGACUCAAACGACCUUUUCACUCAGAGGGUUUUCCUGUGCAGCAGUACGGCUCCGGUGGGAUGUCCGGGUACCCUAACCAGCCCCUUCAGUACCCUGCAGGACCUCAGCAGCGCUGCCCCCCCUCCCCGUCUUACCCCUCCAGCAGGAUGCCUCUCAUGGGGCAGUACAGCUCCGGAUCACAACACCCGGGACAGUUUCCUCCUGGAGCCGGACCCCCCAACCCUCCACAGUACUACAAGUCGGAGCCGUUUAACGGUCAGGGCGGUCUGCCGUCUGCGGGCGCCGGAGGAUACAAUGCCUUCACUCAGGCUGCAGUCAGCGGGGUGAGUCGUCCAGGUCGGGGGGGAGGAGUCAUGCCCGGGUAUCCGAGUUCACCGAUGGGAGGGAACCCGACGCCUCCGAUGACCCCCGGAACCUCCAUACCGCCCUACCUGUCCCCGGGUCAGGACACCAAACCCCCCUACCUCCCACCGGACACCAAACCCAGCAUCAUCUCCCAGCAGCCCCCUACAGGUAACCCGAGCGACGACCUGCGCCUGACGUUCCCGGUCCGAGACGGUGUGGUGUUGGAGCCGUUCAGACUGGAGCACAACCUCGCCGUCAGUAACCACGCCUUCCAGCUGAGAGACUCCGUCUACAAAACGCUAAUGCUGAGGCCGGACCUGGAGUUACAGUUUAAGUGUUACCACCAUGAAGACAGACAGAUGAACACUAACUGGCCCGCCUCUGUGCAAGUCAGCGUGAACGCCACUCCUCUGUGCAUCGAAAGAGGCGACAACAAAACGUCCCACAAGCCCCUCUACCUGAAGCAGGUGUGCCAACCAGGACGCAACACGGUGCAGAUCACAGUCACCGCCUGCUGCUGCUCUCACCUGUUUGUGCUGCAGCUGGUCCACCGGCCGUCUGUGCGCUCGGUGCUGCAGGGUUUGAUGAAGAAGAGACUCCUGCCGGCCGAGCACUGCAUCACCAAGAUAAAGAGAAACUUCAGCAGCGGCACGAUCCCCGGGACCCCCGGUCUGAACGGAGAGGACGGCGUGGAGCAGACGGCGAUCAAAGUUUCUCUAAAAUGUCCGAUCACGUUCAGACGAAUCCAGCUGCCGGCCAGAGGGCACGACUGCAGACACAUACAGUGUUUCGACCUCGAGUCGUAUCUGCAGCUCAACUGUGAACGAGGGACCUGGAGGUGUCCUGUGUGCAAUAAAACUGCUCUGCUAGAAGGUCUGGAGGUGGACCAGUACAUGCUGGGGAUUCUGGUCUACAUCCAGAACUCGGACUACGAGGAGAUCACCAUAGACCCGGUGUGCGGGUGGAGGCCGGUACCCGUCAAACCGGACCUGCACAUAAAGGAGGAGCCCGACGGCCCGGUGCUGAAGCGCUGCCGGACCGUCAGCCCGAGUCACAUGGUCCUGCCCAACGUGAUGGAGAUGAUCGCCGCUCUGGGCCCGGCGUCGUCGCCGUACCAGAGUCUGACAGCAGGGGGCCGGAACACGCCGGACUACAACAGACCAGGGAGUCAGGGGUUCUCCAGCCAAUCAGGAUUCACAGACUUCCCCAACACGCCUGGCACCCCGACUCUUGGAGAGUACGCCUCCUCGGGACCUCCUCAUCCUCCUCCGCUCCCCUAUCAGUCUGAGCAGACGUCUCACUCUGGAAGAAUCGAACACUCCCACAGCAUCCUCCAGCAGCACAGUUCAGGUGUUCACGGGAAUCAGAGUCUCGGUGACGCCGGCAGUCCGCUACCUCAGCGGAACACCAACUCCCAGAGUUCCCGGCUGCAGAGCGAAGGUUCCUUUGGCCUGGGAGGCCCGGGAGCACCUGGAGGAGAGGGAGCCGAUCAUAGUCUAGAUCUUCUUCCUGAGCUGACCAACCCGGACGAGCUGCUGUCGUACCUCGGCCCCCCUGACCUCCCCAACAACAGCAGCGACGACCUGCUGUCUCUGUUCGAGAACAACUGAGCGCCUUCAGGCGUCACGCCGCUCAUCUUCCAGCUCGAACCUCUCUGCUCCUGUCUGCUGUAGCCCCGCCUCCAUCAGUUAAAAAAACAGCACUGUGUGUGUGUGUGUGUGUGUGUGUGUGUGUGUGUGUGUGUGUGUGUGUGUGUGUGUGUGUGUGUGUGUGUGUGUGUGUGUGUGUGUGUGUGUGUGUGUGUGUGUGUGUGUGUGUGUGUGUGUGUGUGUGUGUCGCCCUGCUGUACUUGGACGUUGUUUCAGUGCAGAUUUCAGGAGCAGGAGGGAAAACAUGUGAACACUGUUUGUGAUGAAGAACUGAACAGAACACAGCACUGACUCUGCAGACCAGCAUCUUUAGCUACAGCACAAAACCCACGGGCUGAAGGAUGUGAAAAUACAGGAGAUAAUUUAUACAUUUUAUGGGUAAAAGGAGAACACAAUGGAGGAGUUUCAGACGUUUGAUUACAGUGGUUCCCAAACUGUUUCUUUUUUCUAGGAGUAGCAGAGAGAACUCCCAUGAUUCCCCGCUAGCCUCAACUUCAUCUUUUGUUAUUGUAGUAUUGCUUGAGAGCCUCCUAGUGGCUGAAUCUACAUAUUGUAUCUUAAAGCCUGGAAGCUGGAAAUAAUGCCACAAAAUCACUUCAUACAUUAUGCACUAGUGCAACUCACCGUACGUCUUCAAUCAGAGCUCGUUUGUUUCAUAUUCAGGUGUAGUUCACGUCCUCACUGAGGCAGCGAUCAGACCUGACCUGCCACAUCGGUUUGAAGUGUUGCAGCAGUCGUUGGCCUCAUUGUGUCUUCUGUUGUACCUCGGCUCAUUCAUAAACUACUAAAAUGUACUUUCACAAACUUCUCUCGCAGCUUUUUAAAAAACUCUCCGACCUCGAGGUGACCCUCCCAGUUUGGGCGCCACUGUAGAACACUUAGAGACGUGUGAUGUUGUAUUUUUCUUACUGUCAAUGACUCCCUGGAGGAAAAAGUUAAAACACAGUAUCUGAGUCUGUUCCAACUUAGAGAAACCUAUCUGGGUACUUUGCCCAGCCGAUGCAAGCGCCGCCCCUUCCUGGGUGAAAACAUCCCAUCUACCUGAAUGGAGGUGAAUGGAAAAGACGGGCUCUCAAGAGAUUUAAAAGCUUAAAAGUUUUAUGUAUGACGAGGAGCUGAAACCCGACGAGCAGUGAUGUAAACAUGUAAAUGAUUUUUCUGAACAGGCGGGCAUCAUGACAUUAUAAAAUAAACACACAUACAGGUUUACAGGAGUGUCUCUUCAGUCUCUCUCAAACUGUUCCAGAGGAGUCUGAACCCGACAUCCCACACCUGAUGUGUGAACAUCAACCAUGCUACCUUAGCGGGAUCUGCACUUUUAAAUAGUAUUUCUUUGUAAUUGUUUCUAGCUGCUGCUGUCACAGCUAGGACGCCCGCUCAGAAAUAGGCUAACACAAAUCAGAUGAAUGAAUGAAUUCUUUUCUUAUCUUAUGCUAUCAAAAAAUAAGCGUUAGCAUUCAGCCACUUCUUAGCCAACAUUUUAGUAAGCUAACACUUACGUAAGCUAGGAAGUUAUUCCUUUCCAUUUAAAACGCUCAAAAGCUACCAUUAGCAUUCAGCCAUUUCAUAGCUAACAUUUACCAGAUCUUGGAAGCUAGACAACAGUUUAGCUAACGUAAAUGUAAGCUAAGUAAUUCACUCCUCUCCUAUGCUAUCAAAAAGCAAUGUUAGCAUUCAGCCAGCUAACACUUACGUAAGCUAUGAAUUUACUCCUUUCCAUUUGAAACUUUACAAAAAAUCGUCCAUUAAUAUUCAGCCAUUUCAUUGCUAACAUUUACUUUAUCUUGGAAACUAGUCUAGAAAUAAGCUAACACAAAAGUUUGCUAGGAAGUUAAUCCUCUCCUAGCUAGCAAAAGGUAACCAUUCAGCCCCUUUCUUCUUCUUCUAAAAUCCACGUAGCAAUGAGGUGGCCUAAUGCUAACCAUAGCUGAGAAGCUACUCAAAUAUGCUGUUUAAACUUCAAAUAUGGCGUGAUGCUCCUUUAGAUUUCACUCACUCUUACGGCUGGUUAAACUGAAAGCGGUAACAUGAUAAUAUUUUGUCCAGCUAACUUAAAAAUUAUUCCGAUUUAAAACCUCGGGCACAGAAGGAAAUUAGCUGUCGUAUUUAUGUUUGAGUUAUUAGAAACAUCUGGUUUAAGUCUUUCAUGGGAUUUGUUGGCAGUAAGAAAAUAUAUAAUAUCUUCUUUUAUAUAUGUAAGAUACAGGCGGUUAAAGGGGUCAAGUUUCUUUCUACUGAUUUUUACUGAAUACAAAAUAGAGAAAAGAUUCAAAUAAGACCUUUAAAAAAAAAAAAAGGAAAGCCCGGCCUGUGAAUGCGAUGCCCGGAUGUAACAUAGACUUCUUUUUUUUUUUUUUUUUACUCCGCUGAGGUUCAUUGUAUCUCUGACGUCCUUCAGCACUGUGAACAAUAUAAAAACUCCUCUCCGUUACGCUCGCCCUCUAUUGGGGGAUUUUUCAGCAUACUGUAAAUGAGAUCUGUGUGUCGUGGCAUUUUUCUGCCAUUUGAGAGUUUUUAGUUUGUUUUUUUUUCCGAUCGUUUGAAAUGUAUAACCCAUCAUGACACAGGGUUUGUGUACUGUAUAAUUAGCUGUUUUCAUUAGAGAACGUGUGUGUAUCAAAUGAAUUGUUAACCAUGGUCAUUUUUAUUGUUAUUAGUUGGAUAAUGGAUCAUUGUUGGCACUGUAUACAUACAUGUAUGUUAGAAAUCUAUAAAGCAAAUUGUACAUCAGAAAACAGUCAGCUGAUAUUGACUAACACGGUUAAAGACACAGAAAUUAUUCUUAAUACCACUUUUUAAAGCUGACCGUGUUUUCUACGAAGACUUGCUGUCCGACGUUUCCCGAGUGAAGGCAACGUGAUAAAAAUGAAAAACUAAUUGAGCUUCACAGAAAUCUUAUAUUUGGAAAUGAUGAACCAUUUAAGUGCAAAUUUGCUACAACAAAAAAGCAUUUUUUUUUAAAAUGUGUAAACUAUUCCACAUAUUUUGUAACACAUUGUAAUUGCCAUUAUUUUCUAUUUAUUUUUUAAUCAUAAUCGUCAUUGUACUUACAGUUACCUUGUCCCCGCCCUGGAUCUUCAAUUCAGAAUUAAAAAAUCACUUUAUUUGA